AUGUCUAUGAGAGCUUCCUCGAAAGGCUCUGAGCGUAUUUUGGGAGGUCCUAAUCCAAUUAUCUUCCAUGUCUAUCCAAUCGAUCUGGACAACAAAAUGAAACACGUGGAAAGUGAGGCAGAGGCGUCCCAUUUGGCCAAAUCAGAAUUGGAGGUUUCUGCUAAGGAUCCCCCUGAAAGUUUCCCUAAAAACUCUCUUUUGGAGAAGGAAAAUCCCAAGAGUUUGUCUGCUAGCGCAGUAUUUCAGAAGAAACUCUUUGGGUAUGGAUUUGGCUGCUUUGUGGCAUCAACCAUUGAUUCUUAG